CUUCUGGGUCGUGUACUGCGCAAUUGACAUGUCGACAGAGCUGUUCAUUGUCAUGCUCUCUGUAGACCUAGUCGCACAUCUUAGAGUGUGUAUUUCGAAGAAGGUCGCUGUUGUAGCUUGUUUCGCACCGCGCCUGCUUGUAGCCGCCGCUGCUCUCGUUCGCGCAAUCUACUUGUAUCAGGUGACGCCGCAUGGGAGCCCUGAAUUUGAUCUCUGGAGCGCCACCAUAUGUACCCAGGUGCAUGUAUGCGCCAGUAUUUGUACUGCCUGCAUCCCAUACAUGGUCCCAUUUUUCAAGAGCCUGCAAGCCAAUGUCUGGCGAUCAUGCUCAACACGAAGUUGGACUGCGAGACCGAGGUCUAGCCACACACUCGGUCGGUCGUCAAAUCGACUGCGUAAACGCGAAGCCAACAUGCGCUUCGAGUCGCCGAGAUUAUUCACCAGCUUGAUAAAGGAGCCUGAAAGAGUCUCAAUAAUAUCGCCAAGAAUACCAAGCCCUGGUCCAAUCAGCCCUUUUUUGCCAUCGCCUGUUUCGACGCUUCAGAUAACGCCCACCACUACAAGUAUCCCGGACACGCACAGGGCAAGGACGCUUAGUGUAGUGGGAACCAUAUAUGACAGCGACUCUGAUGAGGUAUUUGACAUGGUCAGUCUCCAGACUGCGAUGUGCUUCGCUCCAUCUCUCAUCGAGCCACCAGCACAGGCACGCCUUUCGAGUACGGCCACCAUGGACGUCCCGGAGCCCUUUGAGUAUCUUGCCCUGUUGGGUAGUCCUGACCCAUCGAGUUUGAGCUCCUGCUAUUCCAGUCGUAUCUCAACACCGACCAGGUUGACAAUGAAUCCAAGAUAUUCAUUGUUCCCUCAAGGCACAUCUUGUUACGUGCCUCUGCAAUUGGCGCCACAGAGUGGUGCUUUAUCUGGACGGCAGUCCAGCCAAAGCGAACGUAUUACAGCUAACAGAGUUGCGACAUCGCAUAAAUUUGACGACUUCGCCCAUCCUGUCCGGUCAGCAAGCUUUCGAUUGCAUCCCAAGUUCAGCACGACGCCGCGCUUGCAUGCACCACCUCCAACAAUCGUACCGAUUGCAGAGUCGAGUCACUCAUAGGUUCUUAUCACAUCCCCUUCUUUCAUCUGUUCCAAGCAAACCGUGGCGUUUAGACUGGCAGCCUGGCAUGGCGAGCGACGCGAUGAUGACCUGCGGUGCUUUGGGUUUCGG